CUUUUUCCUCUUCUCACCUAACAGGAUGUAUUCGUUGAUUCCAAAGACUCAGAGAGAGAUGGGAAAGGACGAAGAACUCAAAGCCUCGAGCUUUAGCAAAGCUAGACAAGAAAGAAACUAGAGUUUGAUAGCAAGGCCAUAUAUUGGAUUAAGCGGUUUGGGAAGUGCGAUUGCGUUUUAAACCCUUUCAAAACCCUGAAACGCGACGUUUAGACAUCGCACCUUCACAAACAGCUAAACCCUGAAGCCUACUACGAGGUCCGAUUCGAUCCUCCCAAGAGUCUGUGAGUCUGGAAAAGGAGAGAGAUGCAGGUACUUGCGCGGAAUCUAGUUCGGAGAGUAUCAAGAACUCAGGUCAUCAGUCGCAAUGCAUAUUCAACCCGAAGAGUCAGAGACAUUGGCCAGCCAACUCCAGCAUCUCAUCCUCAUUUAAUGGCGGAAGGAGAGAUCACACCAGGAAUAAGAAUUGAGGAAUACAUUGGUAGAAGGAAGAAACUUGCGGAGCUUCUUCCUGAGAACAGCUUAGCCAUCAUUUCUUCAGCCCCUGUGAAGAUGAUGACAGACGUUGUUCCAUAUACGUUCAGGCAAGACGCUGAUUAUUUGUACCUAACCGGCUGUCAGCAACCAGGUGGUGUGGCUGUUUUAAGUGAUGAACAUGGUUUAUGCAUGUUCAUGCCGGAAUCAACUCCUAAUGACAUUGCUUGGCAAGGGGAAGUAGCUGGAGUUGCUGCAGCGUCCGAGGUCUUUAAGGCAGAACAAGCAUAUCCGAUAAGCAAGUUACCCGAGAUUCUUUCAGACAUGAUAAGAAAUUCUUCGAAAGUAUUUCAUAACAGUCAAACGGCAUCACAAAGAUACACAAACUUGGAUGAGUUUCGAAAUCCAGCAUCUCUUGGCAAAGUGAAAAGUCUUUCAAGUUUAACACAUGAGCUUAGGUUAAUUAAAUCACCUGCGGAACUCAAAUUAAUGAGAGAGUCUGCAUCUAUUGCCUGCCAGGGUCUUCUAAAAACAAUGCUACAUUCAAAAGUGUUUCCUGAUGAAGGCAUCUUGUCAGCCCAAGUUGAAUAUGAGUGCCGGGUAAGAGGUGCUCAGCGAAUGGCAUUCAAUCCUGUAGUUGGUGGCGGUCCAAAUGCUAGUGUUAUCCACUAUUCACGAAAUGAUCAGCGAAUAAAAGAUGGUGAUCUUGUCUUGAUGGACAUGGGUUGUGAGUUACAUGGUUAUGUUAGUGAUCUUACUCGGACAUGGCCACCUUGCGGAAAAUUCAGUUCUCUUCAGGAAGAGUUAUAUGAUCUUAUACUUCAGACAAACAAAGAGUGCAUAAAACUAUGCAAACCCGGUACAACCAUCCGCCAACUAAACACAUAUUCGACCGACUUGUUGUGCGAUGGACUGAUGAAGAUGGGCAUCUUGAAGAAUCGUAGACUGUAUCACCAGCUGAAUCCCACCUCCAUAGGUCACUACCUUGGGAUGGAUGUGCAUGAUUCUUCUGGUGUGGGAUAUGACCGUCCUUUGCAACCCGGUUUUGUGAUAACUAUUGAGCCAGGAGUCUACAUUCCAUCUUCAUUCAACUGCCCUGAAAGAUUCCAAGGGAUCGGGAUAAGGAUCGAGGAUGAAGUUCUGAUCACUGAGACAGGCUACGAGGUUCUGACAGGGUCAAUGCCUAAAGAGAUCAAACAUAUAGAGACAUUGUUGAAUAACCACUGCCAUGAAAACGCUGCGCAGAGCUUCGCAGGUUUCUCUUCGCAAGUUUGAAAGUUACAUACGAGCCGUUUCCCAUUUAUUUGAGAUAUAUUAUGCAUUGGGAUUAGCCUAAUUCAUGAGAACAACUUGCCUCUUGCGUUAUAUAUUUGAUAUGAAGAUGGUUUUAGUGCUGUUCACAAAACUAAAAGAGGAUAUCUUGU